CUACAAAUGCAUAUGAUGAACUUGUUGAAAUACUUUAUCAUCCCCAAUUCAAUCUUAAUCAUGUAAUUAAGAACAUUCGGUCCUUUAGACAUUGGAGGCAAAGACUUCCUCUUAUGCCAAUAUACUCAAGACCUAUUAAUAUUUCAACUAUGAAAACUUCUUCAAAGUCUACUAAAAUUAAAAAAUGUUAUUAUUUGUUGAUUAAAGAUAUAAUUUGGAAUGUUUUAAAUAAUCCUUCUUUAAUUGACAUAUGUAUUUUGGACCUGGUCAAGAAGUUACUCAUAAAUCAGAAUACUGGCAUG